AUGAUUCUUUACUUCUCAUGAAGUUCAAGAGCCCUAUUUCUGAUGAAUAUAGCCUCAGUCUUCCUUCCACAGCUCUUCAGGAAAAGAAAUUAGAAAGUUCGCCGGCUCCGGCUCGGAAUGCCGCCGCCCUACGUCGCCUUUCUUCUCCUUCUGCUCCUCCGCCUCUUUCUGCUGGCAUCCGCCGCGCCGGAGGGCCGUACGCCGGCCACCCAGUCGGAGAUCGACGCGCUCACCGCAUUCCGGCUCAACCUCCAAGAUCCCCUCGGCGCGCUCUCGGGUUGGGAUCCCACUACGGCACGAGGAGGUGGGCGGGGUGUCACCGGCGAGCCCGUCGGCGGCGGCCGUGUCGUCGAGCUCCGGCUGACUCGCCUUCGCCUCUCAGGUCCCAUCUCCGACCGCCUCGCUGACCUACAUUUUCUUCGCAAGCUCAGCUUGCCCUCCAACUUAUUUACUGGAUCUAUUCCUCCCUCACUAGCCAACCUCUCCGACCUCCGAACCCUUUUUCUUCAAUACAACUCCCUCAACGGCCCGCUUCCCCCCGCUCUCCUUUCCAACCUCACUAAACUCCAGAUACUAAAUGCCGCCGGAAACCGCCUCUCCGGAGUUUUUCCGGCCGUUCUUCUUCCAAACCUCCGCUAUCUUGACCUCUCAUCCAACUCUUUUACCAGCCAAAUCCCAACCAACUUGUCGUCAACGGCUCCGCGGUUGCAGCUACUCAAUCUCUCCUUCAAUCGCCUGCGCGGCACUAUUCCGGGGGAUCUCGGCCGGCUUCAGAUGCUCCUUUAUCUUUGGCUGGACUGGAACGAGCUCGAGGGGACGAUUCCGGCUGUUCUUGCGAACUGCUCUUCCCUGCUUCACCUCAGUAUACAGGGGAACAAACUCCAAGGCAUCGUUCCGGCGGCCGUCGGUGAGAUCCCUACACUUCAGGUUCUUUCGCUCUCGCAUAACCAGCUUUCCGGCCCGAUUCCAUCUUCCAUUUUAUACAACGCCUCCGCCGCGCCCCCGCCGUCGCUGCGGAUCGUGCAGCUAGGUUACAAUGCGCUCUCCCUUUUACCCGAACCUUCGGAGGAGCGAGCUCCGGCAGCGCUCGCUUCCAGUGUUCUCCAGGUGUUCGAUGUGAAGGAGAAUCAGGUAGCUGGGCCUUUCCCAGUGUGGCUGACUAACAUCUCAACUCUGACGGUUUUGGAUCUUUCUAGGAACGCAUUUUCCGGUGAUCUUCCGCCGGAAAUGGGCAAGUUAAUCGUGCUCCAGGAGCUUCGUAUUGGAACAAAUUUGAUGAGCGGAACCGUUCCGACGGACAUCGGGAUGUGCACCUCCCUGCAUGUUCUUGAACUGGAGCAUAACCGAUUUUCUGGCAUAAUACCAUCGGCUCUUGGAGAUCUUCCGGAGAUGACAACGCUUCUUCUUGGCGGAAACCUAUUUACUGGUUCGAUUCCGGCUAGUUUUGGCGCGCUAUCACAUCUCGACGGCCUCUCAUUGCGUCAGAACAACCUAAGUGGAAGCAUACCGGAAGAGAUACUGAGGUUGAGCAACCUGUCUUCUCUGGACCUUUCCCGCAAUAGAUUCUCCGGCGAGAUUCCGGUCGGUAUCGGGAAUCUUGAGCGUUUGCAAAGCUUGAACUUGAGCAACAAUUUUUUUUCCGGAAGCAUCCCGUCGAGCAUCGGAAAGCUUGGAAACCUUAAAUUACUAGACCUCAGUGGACAAGACAACCUCUCCGGCGAAAUUCCAGCUGAGCUUUUCGGGAUGCCGAACCUCCAAGUGAUCUCGCUUGCCGAUAACUCGUUAUCAGGUGAGUUUCCUGAAGGUUUCACCAGCCUGUGGAGCCUGCAGCGGCUCAAUCUGACGUCCAAUUCGUUUAAAGGUGUCAUCCCAACCACCUACGGUUAUCUCCAGUCCCUGCAAGUUCUCUCCAUCUCCAAAAAUAACCUCUCUGGCGUGAUUCCUGCGGAGCUUGGCAACUGCUCUAACCUCACCACCAUCCAGCUCCGCGAAAACCACCUUUCAGGUUACAUUCCCGUGGAUCUCUCGCGGCUCUCCAACCUGGAAGAACUCGACCUCGGCAAGAAUCUCCUUUCUGGAGGAAUCCCAAUGGAGAUUUCGCAAUGCUCGUCGCUGUCCACUCUCCUGCUUGACAAAAACAAUCUCUCCGGAAGCAUCCCGGAGUCCCUCUCGAACUUGUCCAAGCUGCAAAACUUAGAUCUUUCCUCAAACAAACUCAGCGGCGCGAUUCCCUCCAGCCUUGCAGUUAUUAACAGAUUGACUCACUUCAACGUCUCAUACAACAAUCUGGAGGGCGAGAUACCGCUAAUGUUGUCCUCCCGAUUCAAGAAUGCUUCUCUGUUCGCUGGAAAUCCUGACCUCUGCGGUCAGCCGUUGGCCAAUAAAUGCGGCGGAAAGAAAAGGUGGACUCAGUCGAUUCUUUUCAUAUCCCUCGCUGGCGCGCUGGCGGUCAUCCUCCUCACAAUACUCUACUGCUGCUGCGUCUGUUUUCUAAUCCGAUGGCGGCAGAGGUUUCUCGAGAGGCGCGACGGGCCGAAGAAGCGCAGUCCAGGACGAGGAAGCGGAUCGAGCUCCGGCAGCGCCGGCGACAACGGUGGAGGACCGAAGCUAAUCAUGUUCCAGAACAAAAUCACCUACACGGAGACAUUGGAAGCCACGAGGCAGUUUGACGAGGAGAACGUGUUGAGCCGCGGGCGCCACGGGCUUGUCUUCAAGGCCUGCUACAACGACGGCACGGUGCUGUCAAUCCUCCGGCUGCCGUCAACUUCCGCCGAUGGGGCGGUGGUGGUGGAGGAAGGCUUUUUCCGCAAGGAAGCGGAAUCGCUCGGGAAGGUGAAGCAGAGGAACCUGACCGUGCUCCGGGGUUAUUACGCCGGGCCUCCGCCGGACGUCCGGCUGCUCAUCUACGACUACAUGCCGAACGGUAAUCUAGCCACUCUGCUCCAGGAAGCAUCGCACCAAGAUGGCCACGUGCUCAACUGGCCAAUGCGGCACCUAAUCGCGCUCGGAGUGGCGCGGGGUCUCGCGUUCCUGCACGCCGCGAAUGUUGUCCAUGGGGACGUGAAGCCGCAGAACGUAUUGUUUGAUGCCGAUUUUGAGCCCCAUUUGUGAUUUGGGCUGGAGAGGAGGGGGGGGACGGCGGGAGCAGCCGCGGAGGCUGCAGCGUCGACGUCUUCAGUUGCCGUGGGCGUGGUUGGUUCAUUGGGCUAUGUAGCGCCGGAUGCUGCGGCGGCGGGGCAGGCGACGAGGGAAGGAGACGUGUUCAGCUUUGGAAUUGUUUUAUUGGAGCUGCUGACUGGGCGGCGGCCGGGGACUUUUGCCGGGGAGGAGGAGGAGGAGGAUAUCGUGAAGUGGGUGAAGAGGCAGCUGCAGCGAGGGCAGAUUACUGAGUUACUGGAGCCGGGGUUGUUGGAGCUCGAUCCUGAAUCUGCGGAGUGGGAGGAGUUUCUUCUUGGUAUCAAGGUCGGGCUGCUCUGCACAGCUCCAAGCCCGGUGGACCGUCCCAACAUGGCGGACGUCGUAUUCAUGCUGGAGGGCUGUCGCGUCGGCACCGACAUUCCAUCAUCCAACGAUCCGACCUCGCAGCCCUCGCCGGCUUAAUCUACAAGGCCGGCGGGAGGCUCGCCGCCGGUGAUUCUCUGUGCGCAGCACAUUUUUAUUUUAUUUUUCUUUCCUGCUAUUCCGUUAUGCUUUCCCGGGUUUCUGGGAUCGGUUCAAAUUGAUUUUUUUUUUUUUUUUAAAUUUAUUUUUUUAACCUUUUAUCAUCCGACCGAGCGGCGAAGUCGGGGGUGGUGGGGACAAAGUGACAUGGAAAAGAAUUGAGGAAAAAAUAGGAAUUGUAGCCGUUGGGCGGCUUGGGGUUUGGAGUUAAAGCCACCUUUUUGAUGGAGAAGAGAUGCUUUGCUAUUAUUACGUGAUGGUGGCUGAUCUGAGGGAUGGAGUGAGCGUAUAUGCCGGUUCCUUUUUAACCCACGUGGUUAGAAGCAUUGUGGUUACUUAUUGGGGCAUGGCCUUGGGGACAGAAGGUAGCAGGGGGUGCAGCUGUUUGUUGGGGGCAUCACGGGCGGACUCAGGAGCCGUUUUGAGCUGAAUUCUCCUGCAUGUUUUUUUUUUUAGAUG